AUGGUUGUUCGCUCGGUGGAGACCCUCGAGGACAAUAUCGUGAUGAAGUGGCACCUAAAACUUGCGCAUCUGAAUGAAGCGGCCAUGAAGAAGAUGGAGUUAGACGGUUUGGCUGAGGGCAUGAACGGACUUACCAUGGACGACUUCAAGAAGACAGCACUCAAGUGCAUGGCGUGCGAGGAAGCAAAGGCGAAGAGGGUGGCGUUCAAGCGUCAAGUCGGCAAGCGUGCUACUGAGUGCGGUGCGCGCCUCAUGUCCGAUGUCUGCUACGUUGGCAUUCAGACGCGGGGGAGGACCAAGUACUUCCAGCUGAUCCAGGACGAGGCCUCCCGCUACAAAUGGGUCUAUUUGCUCAACAAGAAG